GUUGUGAAGCCGAGGUGACACACAGGAAAGACGCAUAUACCCGCUGAUCAUCCAAAGCGAGAGCUUGCUGUCUGCAGUCAUGCCAAAGUCUGGAUUUCGAGCGGCAGCGCGCCGGGUCGGCAAGCAGCGACACAACCCGCUUGCGCGACCCAAGCUGGCUGCUGUGGCGUCUUCGAACGCGUCCUCCUCCUCCUCUUCAACAGCUUCGCUUGCGCAGCAACUUGCCAUCGAAGCUGGUAUCUUUCCUCCAUAUGCGGAUGGGUCCAGUGGCAACGUUAGCCUGGUGCACAUCCUCAGCAAGCUCCCACUCGAGACUGGCAAAGGCAAGGCCUCCACUGCUUCCGCAGCCCCCAACAUCGCAGUGAGCGACACCAUCUGGGCGCUCGCAUCCAUCUCGCUGCUUUCGUCCUCACGCAGCAGUCGCAAGGCGUUGCUCGCUCCAUCACACAAGCUCGUCGCGCGCAUCCUGCAUGCGCUCCAUGCUGCCGGCGUCGACCAGCAGGAAGGCCUCGAGACGAAGCGUGAAGCAGCGGGUGCUCUGCGUAAUCUUUGCAUCGAGGCUGGAUACGACGACGUGCGCCAUGAGAUCGCGCGGCAAGGCGGCAUAGAAUCUCUGCUCGAGCAGAUCGGAGUUGUGCACGCAUUGAUCCAGCAGCGCAUUGAAGGUUCUGGCGCCAAGUCCACGCCGGAAGCGCUGGGACAGCAGAUGGAGCAGGAACGACAGAAACUUGAGGCGGCCCUACCGACAGCUGAUAAGCCUCUCGAAAAGAUGAAUAGAAAGGAGAAGCGGCAUGCAGCGAAAGCAGCGUCGAUCCUCGACAAGCAGCAGCAGCCUCCCUCCUCUACCACAGAUCGCGGUGCCACCACUCCCUUGUCUACUUCCUCGAUGUCUGCAGGACUCAAUUCAAAGCUCGCUGCGAUCGCACGCGGUGCUCUUUCUUCUGAUGAUGAGUUUGAGCAGUUGCUAUACGAGCUGCAGGACAACCUGCUCACCAUCAUCUGGUGCCUCGCGGAAGCUGCCGAGGAUCUCGUCAUUGCCCUCUCACGCCACGCCGCACCGCUCGCUCGCACCCUAAGCACUUAUGUGCGCUACGCAUCUUCGAAGGCGGCAGCAGUGGAGGAGACUAGCUCAUCGUCCAGUCCCGGCUCGGCGGACCGACGCUCCGCCUCACUCAAGGCGCUACUGCGGCAACUAGGCGUGUCCGCUGCCAACGCGCUCUGCGUUCUCAGCGACGACAACCCGGCCUUUGCGCGCGUCCUCGCUGGCGUGCAGCCGAGCAGCCUCGAGCUGCGUGCUCUGAACAAAGCAGCGAAACAGCCCUCGUCGGGUCCGCCCGGGCAUGUAGCAUCAGGUGACAGCCACAGCUUGGCUGCGGGAGCAGGCAAGAAACGAAUGCAAAAGCUGCAGCUGACGUUGCUGACCGAUAUCGACGUUGAUGCGGGUAUGAGAGACGUUAGUGCAAUCACUAGCGCUGUCGUGAAGGGCUUGAGCAAAACGAACGCCUUCCCUUCUCCUUUGGCGUCACCAACUUCGGCGACAGGCGACAAGGCAGAUAUCGACAUGGCCAUGAUGACCAUGCUCUGCGCUGCCGUACUGCGAAACAUUAGCGCCAGCUUGCCGCCCGAGUCGCGCUCGAGAGUUAUUCUCGCUUCGAACGGCGCUUGGAAUGAUGCAGCUACAAAUUCAAGUGAGGAGCAGCGCAUUUCCCUACCGGCAUUCGAAGCGCAGCAUAUCCUGCCCCGCCUCGUGGAAUUGCUGUCAAGCAUCAACCAAGGAGAGCUUUGCAGUGAGAUCGCAAGGGCUGCACUUGCCACGAAAGAGCAGCAGCAACAGCAAAAGCAGCAAUCUGCUAGCAGUGUGGACAUGCUAGGUGUCAUGCAAACCAACAGUGAGCAGCAAGAAGCGGUAGCACAAGCAGAUGAGGCAGAGACGGAUGCAGUCAGCAGCGCACGCAAGCGUGCAGAUGACUGCCUGCAUAUUAUCCUUCUCGCACUGGAAAUUCUAGCCGAGGUGCUGCCUGCACUUGCUGUCCUCGGUGAGGGGUCGAAUGUGUCGAUAGAAGAGACUGAGUGGCAAGAGGAUGGCGAAAAUAACGAGGAUAGCAUCGAUGCCGAUAUGGAAGAGCUGGUCGGCGAGGACACGGAGAUGAUCAUGGAUGAAGAGAAGACGGACGAGGAUACCAAGGUAAAUGGAGCCCAUACCGCUACAGCAAGGACAAGGAUGACGUCGUCACAAGCCUCUUUUGCUGCAUCCGCACUGGCACAAGCCUUUUCGCAUGCGGCAUUAGUUCCACAACUUUUGCGCCUGUCUACAGCCGAAGAUCUUGCUCUUGCAUAUCCCUCCGUGACCUCGAGCAAAGCAGCGUCGCCGGAAGAGCAAGCUGCACGCGAAGCAGGCGCUGCAGCGCUCCGGCAGGUGCACCUCCGCUCUAUCUCCGUCCUGUCCAACUUGCUGCUCGGGCUCGCCGCCAAUAGCCCGCCGCCGCCCUCGCAACCCCUGCUGGAGGGCGCAGGUACCCCGGCGCGCAUUGCAGCUUUUGUCGAAUGGUCCACCAGUGACGUGGUCAAAGCUCGCUUCGAGGAGCUGUGGCAGGUGCUGUUUAGCAUCGCUAGCAAGACCGCAGAUGUGCCGGCUGUCAGCAGCAGCAACUGCAGCGUGUACGCGGAAGGGCAGGAUGGCCGCGCGCUCGUUGAGCAGUGCGUCGGCUCUAUGUGGGCCAUUGCGCGCAGUCUACAAGGUGACCUGCCACUGUCAAUUGCAAUGAGCGGCAUUGACAUUGUCACAGCUUUGCAAGCGGCAUACCUCAACGCACAAUCCGACCCGAUGAGAGCCAAGGCAAUCGGCACGCUGGGCUGCCUUGCACGUUCCCCGAGCGUAUCCGUCGAGACAAAUCGCUCUAUCGGCAACUUUUUGAUCAACGUCAUCAAGCAGCUGCCAGCGGAUGGAAAAUCCGUCCCUGGAACUACGAGUCCUGAGAGCAUGGUUGCAGCGCUCAACGCCAUCUACGACGUCUACGCAGACGAGAAUGCUGCAUACGACCAGCCUGUCUUCCGGCAAGGACAGUUCUCCAUCGUGCUGCGCCAAUGCAGUAGCAAGGUCCGAUCAACGACACGAGCUGUGGAUCGCCGAAAGUUUGCAAGCCUACGCCAAGCAGCGGACGAAGCGUAUGACAACCUCAUUGCAUUCGUGCAGUACCGGGACAGCUUGAAACUAUAGAUCUGCAUUGUAAUGAUCAUCCAUGCAUGCCUCUACCUUGCUUUUACCCAAUCCUUUUGGUCGCAUAAAGAAGACUUGCAAGCGCAGAGUAUUUUUAGAAGAGGCCAGUACUG